AGACAAAUUCACAAGUGGCGACACAAAGCUCUUCCCUUUCGUAAAGGACUUGAAAAACACCCGGAGAUUUCUCGAAUCCUCCUCAGCCCCGUGUUUACAGAAUCGAUACCUUAUUUCUCUCGCUCUCUCUGUGUGGAAUCCGAUUACGACGCCGUUUAGCAGCGGAACCAUGUCGAUCCCCUCGUCGUCCUCCCAAUUCACCUACUCGAACACCGGCACGAGCACCAGCGGAUCCUAUUUCCCCAUGCCCUUCCACCUCCAGCACUCGGCCGCAGCAACGACGCCGUCUCAGUACCCCACCCCCUACGUGGGCCCCACUCCACCCGUCUAUCCCGCCGCCCCCGCCCCCGCCCCCUCCGCCGCCGCCGCCGCCUACUCCCUUCCUCAGUACCACCAGGCCCAACAGUUGUUUCAGAGGGAUGCGCAGACGAUUACUCCAGAAGCACUUGAGAGCGUGAAGGCUGCCCUUGCGAGCAGUGAAAUUGAGCACAAAGCGGAGACUAAGAAGAAAGCUCUGCCUCGCAAAGCCGCUGGCCAUUCUUGGGAGGACCCAACACUCGCAGAGUGGCCAGAAAAUGAUUACCGCCUCUUUUGUGGUGAUCUUGGGAAUGAAGUGAAUGAUGAUGUUCUUUCAAAAGCAUUCUCACGAUUCCCUACCUUUAACAUGGCUAGAGUUGUCAGAGAUAAGAGGACUGGCAAGACCAAGGGCUAUGGAUUUGUUAGCUUUGCGACUCCCGCUGACAUUGCUGCAGCACUUAAAGAAAUGAACGGUAAAUAUGUUGGAAAUCGGCCAAUCAAACUACGGAAGAGCAACUGGAAGGAGAGGAUUGACCAUGACGCUUUGGAAAGACAAAAGAAUCAAAGUCAUAAGAAACCGAAGCUUUCGAAGAAGAGUGUAUUGCACAAGUGAGAAUAACAAGUGAACAGUCUAAAGAGCUUUCUGUGCCUUUCUCCCAUUCUUGACUAAGGUUAUAUGUAUGAUUAUGUGAAUGUAAUGAUGUUGAACAAUCACGAUGAACCGAUGCGAUCUCUAACUUUCUGCUGAUUUUGUUUUGUUGUUU